AUGGAAAUCAAAGUUCGUAAACCAUUCUUCCUUAAUUUCAAGAAAGUGCCUACACCAUUGAAGGUUUUCUGUGACAACAUUUCUGGUUCUCUCAGAGAUUUUCAGUUGGUACCAUCCUUGGAGGAGUUCUCAUACUUGCUGGGACUUCCUGUACUUGAUCGGAUCCCUUAUACUGGUAAAGAAGAAGACCCUAAAUGGGAAGACAUUGUUGCUGCCCUACACCUACCAAAAGCUGAGAUUGAGAAGGUUUGGAUUAGUAAGAAAGAAUACUCUGGAUUACCUCUUGACAUCCUCUACGAAAAGGCGGAGAUUUUUGCUAAAGCUUCAAGCAUGGAUGCUUUAGAGAGUGUUUUAUCUUUGCUAAUUUAUGGGCAAGUAUUAUUCCACCAUUAUGAUAAAAUUAUUGAUAUGGCUGCUAUCAAGAUAUUCCUCAGUAAGAAUCCCGUUCCUACCCUACUUGGUGACUUAUUACAUUCCAUUCAUUUUCGAGCGUCAAAAAGGAAAGGUUGUGUUCUUGGAUGUGCUCCUCUAUUGCAUAAGUGGUUUAUUUCGCACUUACCCCGCUCCGUAAGAAGGAAUGAAGAAGGUUUAACUUGGGCUCAGAGAAUUAUGAAGCUUUCUUUUGACGACGUCAUCUGUGCAGAAUAUUUCAGCUAUGAUUCUGAUGAAGCUAAGAAAAGAGAUCUCUUCAUUAAAGCCUGGUCGAAAGUAAAGAAAGUUGGUGCAAAAGACAUAGGGAGGAGAAACUACAUUCCAUUGGACCCAUACUUCCAAUGGAUCUAUGACCGAGUUGUUAAAUUUGGGAUGCCAUACCCAUCUGAUACGCCUAUAGUACCAAGAAUAUCUCCUCCUGCUGUUCCGGUUGCGUUUGAGCCAUAUGUCCCUUCUCCAAACGAAGACCUUGUAGCAACUGUCAACCAAUUGAAGAGAGAAAGGGAUGACUUUGAGAGACGUUUGCGAGAAGCUGAAGCUGAAAAAGAAGUAUUGAUAGCAAAUGCUAAAGAGCGGGAGACUUUACUUGACUAUUUUUCUCGCAAAUGGAAGAUUGAAGAUUUUGUUUCUCCAGAUCAGAUCAACUCAUGGGAAGAGGAGAUCUCCAGGCUUGUCCAAGAAAGAGAAGAAAUGAUCAAGGCACACAAGGAAGAAGUCAGGACUCUGAAAAGGAAGCGUCGUCAGGAAGACAAAAGUCCCGGAAUUUAG